UGACAUGUCACAAAUUUUCCUGUCAAACAUUUUUUUUACACGUAAUGAAAUUAAAAGUAUACAAUCAUAACUAGUAAAUUCGUCAACUAAACAAGCUCUAAGUAUAUAAUGGUAAAUGUUUUAACUGCCUCCCAAAUAAAAAAUGGAAAUCUAUCAUCCGGAUUGGAGAACCGUACCAACAGUUGCCCUAUGCUCCAUUUUUGAAAUACUAACGAGAAGAGACAGACUGGCCUUCGUUAUGGUGUGCCAGAGCUGGAAAGAAGCAGUUACGUGCUCGAGAUUCUGGAGAAAGUUUGUUGUCUACAUAGAUCAGGACUUUAUGGAACCGAGUCUGAUUCACCUGACGCAAGAGUUCUACAAAUACAUCAAGCAUUUGGUAAUAGGCUGGAGAACUCCAAUGUGGGAGCAUCGUCUAAAGUGGCCUGAAUUGAAGUACAAAGAUCUGACAAAAAGAGUGGGCAAGUUUUUGGUAAUCUUGUACGAAAGAUCAGUACAAAUUAAUGUUCUGGAAAUUAACAACUGGUACGACGUAUUCUAUAUAAGAAAACUUGGAUAUUUGAUGCUUCGUAUCGUCAAAAAUCAAUACGGUCUCACUUCGAUAACACUUAAUAACGCCAACUUUCACGAUAUGAACUUCAUAAACAUACUGGUGUCAUGUUUGAGAUCAAAAUCCACACUUGAAGAAAUCCACGUCCAUUAUUUGUCCACCCUGACACAAAGAAACUUUGAUGGGUGGAUUUUUACCAGCUGCACCGAACAGUUUACCAAUCUCAAAGUGUUCACCGUUAAUAUUUGGGUAUUUUGGCAUUUUUACAGUAGGCUUCAAGUCACAUUAUCAAAAUUAACCGAGCUGAAUCUUUAUCUCGACGAUUCUGCAAGAAUUAUCGAUAAGAUAACCUUUCCCGAUAUAGCCGAGAGUCAGUGGGAUAUGUUUCACGUCUUACUUCCAAAUGUGUUGGUUAAUCUCUCCGUAAAAAAGUUCCUAACUGACAGUCAAAUGAAGACGAUAGUUCAGCAAUCUUUCCCAUUAGCCUCAUUUGUGUGGAAGUAUAAAGUUAAUAAAGAAUGUUGUAGAAAAACGUGUGCGAUAUGUCUUCGAUUACUGACCAAUAAUCAUCGCGAUACGUUGCAGACCGUCGUCAUUGCAGUGCCUGAUGUGAGUGAAGUGCCAUUUAUUCAAAGAAUCAUAUUUCUGAAGAACAAGUGCAAAAAGUUGCAGUAUUUUUGCUUUAAUCGGCUGAGGUGGCAGAAGAAAAAGAGAGCAACACGCUAUCACCCCUAUUCGUUAAUAUAAUAUUUAAAACUA